CAUCGUGUCCUCCAUCUUUAGUCGCUCAGCUGCUAUCAACUGCAGUGGGUGCCUGAAAUUUUUCAUUUUUGUCUGGUUGUCCUGCAAAACGACGAUCGACGGGAACAAAAAAUAUUUCCUGUCGGAGAGGCAUUAAAAUUGGCAGCAAACCAUGGUGGUCACAAACAAUUUCUCACUGCCUACGGAGAAGGAGCUCGACGUACAAGAGGUCAACCUGAGCAGCUCCAUCCUUCGUGCCGGUGCUUUCCAACUUGGAAAACACUGCGAGAGCCAAAACAAUGAAUUCAUUCUCUGCCGCACUGAACUAAAAGACCCAAGAAAGUGCAUCGAAGAGGGCAAGGCGGUCACAAGCUGCGCUUUGGAUUUUUUUAGGAAAAUGAAGAAGGCCUGUCGUGAGGAGUUGGAGCAGUAUGCAACCUGCUUGGAAAGAUCUAGCUGUGGCAUGGACUAUCAAUACUGCCGUCAAACUCAGGGAGUUUAUGACAAGUGUGUUUUGGACAACUUCGGCAUCGAGCGGCCCGAGUUUGGCUAUUAUUGCAAACCAAAGGUGCAUGACUCUAAGAGGCCGAAACCAGCUCCUGAACCUCCCAAAAUUUACCCUGAUUCCACCCCUGGCCUUCCUGAGGAUACAGCCCAGCCUCCUGCAAAGUACGGCCACAGGUUCUAUAUUUGGUAAGGUAAAGAGGAAAUCACGUUGUAAAUUAAUAGUUUGUUAGUGAUGUAUAUUGAGAGAAAGUCGAAUAAAGUGACGUUAUUUGUUUGUCUAAUAACUGAUAA